AUGGCAGAGACAAACGCCCCCAAGCCCGCUUCUUCCGCAAAGGAUCAAGAAAAGAAGCGAAAGCGAGAAGACAGCGACAAUACAGCUCAGAAUGGCAAAAAGCAGAAAGGGUGGAACAAGGAUAAAAAGUUCAACAGGAACAACAAAGACAAGAAAAAAGACGACAAGAAACCCUCAAAUAAAACUGCGCAACAGCCAGACAGAGAAGAAGCUGUCGACGAAUCCAUCAGCAAAAUGAACGAACAAAUCUUAGCGGAUCAUUUCAUGCAAAAAGCCAAGGCACAUAACAAGGAUUUGACGGCUGUGGAAUUGAGCGACAUGUGUGUGCCGGCACAUGCAUUCAAAGAUACGACGUCGUUCGAACAAGAGCGGAAACUAGCUCAAUUGCCGGCCUACUUAAAAGCGUACAGUCCCGAGAAAGGCGCGAGGUUAGCAAAUGCGCCGGAAGAGAAGGGAACUCCGCAUACACUUGUUAUAUCAUCAGCAGGACUUCGAGCGGCUGAUUUAGUUCGUGCGCUACGAUCAUUCCAAAACAAAGAUGCCGCCGUCGCAAAAUUAUUCGCCAAACAUAUCAAAAUAGAAGAAGCGAAACAGUUCCUGGAACGAUCUCGAGUCAGCAUUGGCGUUGGUACUCCUCAGCGUAUAAUUGAUCUGUUAGAGUCGGGCACCCUCAAAACCGAGAAACUCGAACGUAUCGUCAUUGACGGCUCGCACAUCGACCAAAAGAAACGCGGAAUUUUCGACAUGAAGGAGGUGUAUGCUCCAUUGCUAAAGCUUUUGACGAGAGAGGAGUUCAAAGGGCGUUAUGGGUCCAAGGAUAAGGAUUUGAAAAUACUUGUAUACUGA